AUGUCUAAGAGAUUCCAGAAGAAUAUCGAGAAGCAAUUGAUUGAUAUAGUAAAUAGCAGGGGUAACGACAAUAGAUGUGGUGAAUGUGGGUCUGCAUAUCCGACAUGGGCUUCAUGGAACUUAGGUGUUCUCUUGUGUGGAAGAUGUGCUUCACUUCAUAGAAAGGUUUUACCGAAGGACGUUUCAAAAGUUAAGUCUUUGACAUUAGAUCAAUGGACAUCCGAGCAAGUGGACUGUUUGAAAAGGAUUGGAAAUAAGAAGGCCAAAAAGAAAUGGAACCCUAAAAGGUUUCCAUUCCCUCACGAUGAUGACGAUGAUGGGCCUAUUGAAGACUUCCUUAAGGAUAAGUACAUAAUGGGGAGAUUCCGAGAUGAUAACUUUGAUGCGGUUGAAUAUGAUGAUAAAAAUAGCAGAUAUUCGAGUGAUGGAGUUUCAACCCCUGUGAGUGGGAACAGGCUGAGAUCGAGGCUGAAUUCAAUGAGGCCAAAGGCUUCGGGUCCUAUUCCACCUUUGAGUCAUAGGAAGUUAACGACGUUUGAAUCGACUCAGUAUCCAAAACAGGUGAACACAAUAUUAAGAUAUGGGUAUUCGAACAGAGACUCUAUUCUAGAAGCAUUAUUGUUAAGUAAUGGAAGUAUAGAGUUUGCCUUGGAUAUUUUAGAUAACGAUGCAAAGGCUAAUCCAGCACAAGAAGAGCUUCCACCGGCCUUGCCCACGAGACCGGCCAGAUCAACUUCACUUCUGGAAAACAAUCCUAUGACUUCUUUACUUGGUCAACAGCAACUGCAAACACAACCAAGCAAUGAUUGGUGGUCCAACUCAAAUGCCAGUUCGAAUACAAAUACUGGUGCUACAAUGCCAAGUUUGCCAACCUCAGCAACCGGUGCGUCAAUAACUCAACCACAGAUCUACCAGUAUACGGAUCCUGUUACGGGACAGAUAUCGUAUAUAGAUACAAAUGGUCAGCAGUACUUAGAUCCUACUAACCAACAACACCAGCAGAUGUUGUAUCAGCAACAAAAUCCGCAAUUAGUUGCCCAGCAGACUAAUAAACAGGCAAUAUUAUCAUUAUACAGCCAGCCAAAUCAAAGCAAUUCUAACUCCACGGUGCCAAAUGCACAACAACCGCAGCAGACUGGUUUUGGUUUUCAACAACAGCCACGACAACAGACUGGUUUUGGUUUUCAACAGCAACCUCAACAACCUCAACAGACGGGCUUCGGAUUCCAACAACAACCACAACAGACUGGAUUCUCAGGAUUCCAACCUCAACAGACUGGUUUUGCACAGCAGCCAACAGGUUUUCUGAAUUUUGCGCCGCAACAGCAACAACAACAACAACAACAACAAAAUCAGUAUCAACAAGGUUACUGGGGCUAA